CACUACAUUUUAGCAGUAGAUUUACUGUUUUAUGACCUCCAUUUCCUAUAAAACAACCUGAGAGGGGUUAAAGUAUUAAUGCAAAGUCCUGUAGGAACACUGACUUCAUAAGGAGCUUUACAACAGCCUUUACAGCAAGUUAAAGUUAAAAUCAAAACAAGCUUUUUUUUUUUUUUUUUUUGGCUAGAAUUGGUGGGGGUGGGGAGAGAAAAAGGAACUGGGAAGAGAGGAGGGGAAGUUAAACCCUUUUCCCUGCCUGCUUUCUCAGAAGACCAAAUAUGGCAUCUUCCAUGAGGAGCUUGUUUUCUGACCACAGCAGAUAUGUUGAAUCUUUUCGGAGGUUUCUCAACAAUUCCACGGAACACCAGUGCAUGCAGGAAUUCAUGGACAAGAAGCUACCAGGCAUAAUAGCAAGGAUUGGAGACACAAAAUCAGAAAUUAAGAUUCUAAGUAUUGGUGGAGGUGCAGGUGAAAUUGAUCUUCAGAUUCUCUCCAAAGUACAGGCUCAAUAUCCAGGAAUUCAUAUCAACAAUGAAGUUGUUGAGCCAAGUACUGAACAAAUUACCAAAUAUAAAGAGCUUGUAGCCAAGACAUCAGACCUCCAGAACAUAAAGUUUGCUUGGCAUAAGGAGACAUCAUCUGAAUACCAAAAGAGAGUGACAGAGAAAAAGGAGCUUCAGAAGUGGGACUUUAUUCAUAUGAUUCAGAUGCUGUAUUAUGUAAAAGAUAUCCCAGCUACCCUGAGAUUCUUCCAUAGUCUUUUAAAUACCAGUGCUAAGAUGCUCAUUGUUGUUGUGUCAGGAACCAGUGGUUGGAACAAACUAUGGAAAAAGUAUGGAUCCCGCUUGCCUUUGGAUGACCUCUGCCUCUAUGUAACAUCAUUUGAUCUCACUCAGAUGCUGGACGAGUUGGGUUUUAAGUAUGAGUGUUAUGACCUUCUGUCUACCAUGGAUAUAUCUGACUGCUUUAUUGAUGGCAAUGAAAAUGGAGACUUGCUUUGGGAUUUUUUGACAGAAACCUGUGAUUUUACCACAACAGCACCACCUGAUCUCAAAGAAGAAAUUAUGAAAGACCUACAAAAUCCUGAAUUCAGUUUUAAAAAAGAGGGGAAGAUUCUUUUUAAUAAUAGUCUAAGUUUCAUAGUGGUUGAGGCAUAAAAAUCCAUGAUACAAGUUUAUUCAAAAAUAUUUUGAAAAAAAUUAUCAUUUGUUUCUGUAUUUAUUUUCCAAAUCAACCUUAUAACAGGUAAAGGAUGUCUUUAUAUGUGAAUGUUAGAAAAUUUUUAGACAUUCUUGGAAUUCCACAUUGAGUUACAUGUGAUCCUGCUAGUCUUGUCCCAUCCUUACUCUAUUUUUACAGACUAAAUACUAGCUAAGAUGGAAAAAAUGAGGGUUCAUCGGCUGAUUGACAAUAAAAUGCUUUCCAUGUAUUGAUUAUGCCAGAAUUUCCUAAACUAUUAAUAAAAUAUUUCUGUGGAUUUCAUAAAUACUAGUAAAUAGUUAUUAUACAUGAAUGCCCAAAAGUACAUGUUGUUUGAUUUUUCUCUUGUGACAAAGUUUCUGCCUUCAUCCAUUCCUCUCUUAUAGCUUGUAUUUAAUUUUUAUUGAUUAUUAAAAA